AUGAAAUCAUGCAUUAAAGAAGAUAUUGAAUCUUCACCAGCUGAAAUGGUCUAUGGAACUUGCUUGACACUUUCAGGAAAAUUUUUUUGUAAUUCCUUUUCAAUUGUGGUUCCUGCAAACGACUUUCGUGACAAUCUUCGUCAACAGAUGCCACUUAUUCAACCUGCUUCGCGGCACUCUUCGAGCAACAUGUUCAUUCCUGAUGAUUUCCUCACAAGCUCGCGUGUCUUCCUUAGACGACACUCUGUGCGAAAAUCUUUAGAGCAACCAUACCAGGGACCAUUCAAAGUAUUAUCUAGUACUGAAAAAUGUUUUACAAUCGAUAUAAAUGGCAAUAAAUCAACAGUAUCCGUAAAUCGCUUAAAACCUGCAUUCAUACUAGUCUACUCUCGAGAAGAAAGUCAUGUAAGUAACAACAAAGAGUCUGAACCUGAUUCUAGGGUACACCAAGCGUUCCCAACUUUUACUAAUUCUGGCAGACGCGUAAAAAUUAGUCAUCUAUAA